AUGUUGGGGUUUGAUCCACGUAAAUAUAUAAAGGAUUGUUCCGUUAGUUCUUUACUUUAUGAUCUUGUUACUAGGGCAAUUGACUUGGAUUUUCCUCCGAAUAAAUCCAACGAAUCAUCUAUUAAGGCCGUGGGAUCCGCCAAUGGGUUGAUUUGUGUUGUCAUUAGUUAUAGCGAUUUGUUUCUUUGGAACCCGUCAAUUAGGAAGUUCAAGAAAUUGCCUUCUCCUAGAAUUGGUUUCCUUUACAUGUAUGGUUUUGGAUAUGAUGAACUUAAUGAUGAUUAUUAUAAGGUAGUGUGUCUUACCCAAAAAGUGUAUGAUGACGACUCACAUUAUAAUGUGGGCAAAAUAUAUAGUCUGAAAAAUAAUUCCUGGAAACGUUUGGACGAUUUUCGGAUUGGGAGGCUAUCCAAUCAGACGGGUAUGUUUGUGAAUGGGAAACUUUAUUGGGCAAAUACUGCUAAGCAUUUUGGUUGUUAUAGUGAUUGGGACAUCAUUUUUGUUGACUUGGCUGAUGGGAGAUGGGGAGAAAUGGAGAAACCUUGCUAUGCAGAAGGAGAACUUAGUUUUAAGCCAUGCCUAGGUGUGUUGGGAAAUGAUCUUUCUAUGUUGUGUCAUCAUCUUGGGAGUCACGCAGAUGUGUGGGUUAUGAAAAAGUAUGGGGUUAAAGAAUCGUGGACCAAGAUGUUUAUCAUCAAGUAUCCUUAUGAUAAUAUGGGGUAUAGUGUAUUUGGUUCACCCUUUUGCAUGUCAAGUGAAGGUGAAAUUUUGUUUAAGAAUGAUUCAGUUUUCAUGAUUUACAAUCCAAAUGAUGACGACUCGAUCAGAUUUCCGAAGGUUAGCAACUUUGGUCCACUUGUUGAGGCAAUGCUCUUCGUUCAAAGUCUCAUUUGGCCCUUUGUUGCAAAUGAUACGUCGAAUGCAACAACAUCAAAGGACGCAAUACAGAUGAAGACAAUCGUGUGA